GAUUUCACCGUUCCGUAGGUGAACCUGCGGAAGGAUCAUUGACACACUCAGUGAGCCCUUGGGUUGCGGGGUCAAUCGCAGCCCAAACCCCGGGUCGGCAGGUGCGGCGCUCGCGUUGCAUCGGCCUCCUGGGUGGGGAAAGCGCGUGCUCGCGUCCCGCUCGCAAAAAGGAAUCGGGUUCCACCCGUGCCCGGGCUGCGAGCGGCGACGAGAGAGAUGGCGGGCUCUCGCGUUCCUCCUAGGAGGAGGCGAGCGUCCAGAGCACGCUCGAGGGCACGGAAGGAUGACGACCGGCGUUCAGCCGGCUGCCGGAUCUCCGUGCCCGUGGCCUUGUCGGAGGAUCCGUCGGAACAAUGCAGGAACCCCACCUCAGGCCGUGCCCCGCGAGCGCGUCGGUCGUUUUGGCGAGCGAUCGGCGAGCUGGCGUGGUGCGGUGGCUCGAAAAAAGUCCGAGCACCGAUGGAUCCGUUGUGGUGCUGAACGGAAAGCGCACCCCGACAGGCAUGGGGCACCGCCCUGGUUGAUCCCAGACCUCGGCAAACGCCCCUAAGAACGAGUGACGAAACGACCGCCCUCGGGUCCUCCGGGUUGCUCGCAACUCGGGGGGACCGGGCGAACCUCCUCUCGCAGGAGGUCAGGUUGCCGUCCCCUCUCACGCAGCGAGCUUAUUAGGGCCGCCACCCGAAAGGCUAGCCGCGAUCGGGAGCGAGGCAAGACGCGGACACGGUCGGCCUGGGCGGAGGGGUGGCACCCGAAGCUCUUUCCUUCCAGUUCGUGACGAGCCUCGACACCAGGGAAUGCAGCAACCCGGCGGCACCGGGCGUCCAUGCGGACAAAAAAAAAAAACUCCCCAGCCCUGAUGGAAACAGCUCGGGCCUACCAAGCGCAAGCGAGGGAAGCCCGGGGCCUGACCUCGAGUAUCCUCUGAACACCUUUCCUUCCGACGCUCCUCCUCCCAAUCCAGCGUCCCCCGCCACCGGUGCUCGGUCUCUCUUGGCAUCGGCGGUGUGACUGCGGGGUCUUGCUCGCCCGGCCUUCUGAAUUCCUCUAGGAAGGCUCGGGAAGGGGCGCCCGCGGUGAUGGCAAAGGGACCCUUUUGCUACCCCCAACCGUCCCGCUCGCAGUGCAUCAAGGAGCUGCGGGCAGAGGCGGAAUACAAACCUCUCCGCAACCGGAACUGGCCGUCCGGUCGCAAAAAACCCUCCCUUGAGCGGGGCGCCCACGGGCCCCGGCACCUAAUAAAAACUGGGACCCCACUCCUGACGAUGGAUAUCUUGGAACCUGGCUCGAUGAAGAACGCAGCGAAAUGCGAUACGUAAUGCGAAUUGCAAAACUCCGUGAAUCAUCGAAACUUUGAACGCAUGUUGCGCCCGAGGCCUCGGCCGAGGGCACGUCUGCUUGAACGCCACACACAUCCAGGUGGAACCUCGCAUCCGAACCCACCCCUCCGCACGCAGCUAAGUGCGGCAGGGGAAACGGGACGGGAAAGCAAUGCGGGGCAGACAAGGGGCGCUCGGGUUGGUGUGGGCUCCGGCCCCCCCCUUUCUCCGAGACAAUCGCUCGUACCUGGGAAAACGAGAUGGCCGUCGCAACCCGUGCGCUCCGGGGCACAAAUGGGGGGCAGUCGGUUGAAAUCGCAGGGCCGCAUUAGCCCGUCUCCGCUCCUCUCGACCCCAGUGCAGAUCCCCGGGCGCCACCCGGGAGGACGCGAGUGGGACGAGCGAGAUGAGGCGGGCGGCGACCCCGCUGGGCUCGGCGAACCCAGCCGGCCAACGGACUCCGUCCGGACCUCCCAGCAGUCAGGCGAGACCACCCGCUGAAUUUAAGCAUAUUACUAAGCGG